ACAGCCAUCUUUAAAUCCAUUGGCCUUGCCGUUUAAGCAUCACUACUCUGGUGCGGAACGAGGAGAACUUAGCUUAGCUGAAGUUCUAGCAAACUCCCUUACCUUAAACCGACUUCCUGUACCAGAGCCAGCUAUCUUUAGUGGUGACCCUCUAAAGUUUGUUGACUGGAAAGUAUCCUUUAUGGCGCUAAUUGGCAACAAACCCUUACCUGCUUGUGAGAAAAUAUUGUAUCUAAAGAGUUAUAUUGCAGGUGAAGCUCGAAAGGCGGUAGAGGGAUAUUUUUAUCGCAACACUGAAGAAGCAUACCAGGGCAUCUGGAAUGUCCUGCAAGAAAGGUAUGGCAGCCCAUUCAUUGUCCAAAGAGCAUUUAGAAACAAGCUUACAAAAUGGCCCGAAAUAGCUGCUAACGAUCCUUUAGCACUGAGAGAGUUUGCAGACUUUCUUCAGAGCUGUGCAUAGGCUAUUCCCCAAGUCAAGGGCCUAGAAAUCCUGAAUGAUUGUGAGGAAAAUCACAAGCUUCUCAAAAAACUGCCUGACUGGAUAAUACAGAGAUGGAGUCGCAUUGUUGUGGACGAGCUAGACAAACAUCAGGAGUACCCCAGCUUUGUUCACUUCACACAGUUCUUACAAAAGGAAGCUAAAGUUGCUUGUCACCCUGUCGCCUCACCAUUCCUAAUGAGUGACAAAACAGAGGAGAGACACAUUAAAAGAGCAAAAGCACUAACUACAACUGUCCAGACAAAGUCUCCCUUCCCCACAGUGGUCGCUCCUAAACCUAAACCACCUUGUUUGUUUUGCAAAGACAAAUUGCAUGGUGUAGCUAAGUGUCCUACAUUUUCAGCAAAAACCAGUGAUGAAAAGAAAGUUUUCAUUCGUGAAAAUCACCUCUGCUUCGGAUGUUUAAGAAAAGGCCAUGUAACUAAAGAAUGCAAAGGACGUCACUCCUGCAGUAAGUGUGGCCGACGUCACCCCACCUGUCUCCACACAGAGGGAGUAAAGGAACCCAAAGAAAGGAGAACUGAGGACUCUGUUCCCCCAGCUGAGAAUGCAAACAAGGAAGUGCAUAAAGUCAUGACCCAUGUACUUACGAGAAAAACAUCUGCAACAUCAAGCAUAGUACCAGUUUUUGUGUCAGCAGCAUCAGAGCCACAGAAAGAAAUACUCACGUAUGCCCUGCUUGACACCCAAAGUGACUCUUCCUUCAUUUUAGGAGACUUGGCCUCUGAGCUGAAUGUGGAUAAGCAACCAGUGCAGUUAAAGCUCAGCACAAUGACCUCUGUUGACACAGUUGUAGCAAGCAGACUUGCUAGCAACUUAAAGGUGCGUAGCUUUGACUCUGAUUCUCACGUCAAAAUAAAACAAGCCUACUCUCGUGACUUUAUCCCAGUUGACAAGUCCCAUAUUCCCUCUAGAGAAACUACACUUCAGUGGCCACACCUUAAAGACCUAGCCAACCAGCUACAGCCACUACAAAAUUGUGAAGUGGGCUUGCUAAUCGGUUAUGACUGUCCAUCAGCACUAGCUCCCCUAGAAAUAGUCACAGGACAAUUGAACGAACCUUUUGCACAAAGAACCAUUCUUGGUUGGAGUGUCAUUGGGUCUGGUAAUCCCCACUUAGACAGAGAGGGAAAUCAGAGUUAUGUGCACCGCAUCAAUGUCAAACAAAUGCCCACACCCUCAGCUGCUGACGUGCUUAGAGUCUUAGAGUCAGACUUCAAUGAGAGAAACUAUGAGGAUAAAUAUGUAUCCCAGGACGAUGUUCGUUUUUUACAAAUCCUCAGUGACACAAUAAAGCAGAGAGAAGAUGGACACUAUCAGAUGCCCCUUCCCUUCAAGGAUAGUAAGCCACCAACCCUUCCCAACAAUAAGAGGCUAGCCACAGUCCGACUGCAACACCUAAAGAAAAGGCUAAAGGCUGACAAACAGUAUCAUGAGCAUUACAAAGCCUUUAUGAAAGACAUUAUCAGUAGUGGUGAUGCAGAACUAGCCCCUCCUGUGACAGAUGAUGAGAUCGCUUGGUAUAUCCCACACCAUGGGGUGUACCACCCCAAAAAGCCAACGAAGUUAAGAGUCGUCUUUGACUGUUCUGCUAAGUUUCUUGGCGUCUCACUGAACGAUACUCUUCUCACAGGUCCUGAUAUGAUUAACUCACUGGUGGGGGUACUCUGUCGUUUCAGAAGGGAGAAUGUAGCCAUCAUCUGCGACAUCGAACGAAUGUUCCAUCAGUUCUUCGUCUGCCCAGAGAUGCGUAACUACUUACGAUUUCUGUGGUGGCCGGAUGGACAAUUAGAAGUAGAGCCCAAAGAGUACAGAAUGGCAGUGCAUUUGUUCGGUGCUGGAUCUUCCCCCGGAUGUGCUAAUUUUGGUCUUAAGUACCUGGCACAACAGCACAGAUCUGACUACCCGAAAGCAUCCAACUUUGUUGAAAGGAGUUUCUAUGUAGACGAUGGGUUGACAAGUGUUCCAUCAGUCAAAGAGGCUCGAGAGCUCAUAAAUGAAACACAAGCCCUUUGCAAACUUGCAGGUUUACAUCUGCACAAGUUUAAUUCCAACGAAAGUGAUGCUCUCUCUCAUCUUCCACCUUCAGAAAGAGCCACUACAACAGAGUCACUCGACCUCAAACCUGAUACUACACCUGAAGGUCAUGUGCUUGGAAUCAGUGGUCAGUUAAAAAUGACACCUUCAGCUUCAGUGUAAAUACAAAGGACCAGCCUCCUACUCGCCGGAGCCUACUGUGAGUUAUCUCAUCUUUAUAUGACCCACUGGGCUUUGUAGCUCCCUUCACUUUGAGUGGCAAAGGUAUCCUACAGGAGCUCUGCCGUAGAGGUACCGAAUGGGAUGACCCCAUUCCUGACAACCUGCGCUCACGGUGGGAGGACUGGAAAAUUGGUUUGGAAAAACUUAAAUCAGUCAUAGUACCCAGAUGUUUCCAUCCACCUGAACUAAAAGACAUUGUUAAAGUGGAACUGCAUCACUUCUCUGAUGCCAGUAACAUAGGCUAUGGAGCAUGUUCCUACAUUAGGUUCAUAAGUGAUGACAGCAAAGUGCACUGUAGUCUGGUUAUAGCUAAAGCUAGAGUCGCACCUACCAAAGUUAUAAGCAUACCACGACUAGAACUGUCAGCCGCAGUCACCUCAGCUAAGAUGAGCUUUAUGCUAAGAUCAGAGCUCGAGAUUAACAUUGAUGAGGAGUUCUUUUGGACUGACUCCCAAGUAGUCUUGGCAUAUAUCAACAAUGAGGCACGAAGAUUCCAUGUCUUUGUCGCAAAUCGUGUCCAGUUGAUUAGGGAAAUUACAGAUCCCAAACAGUGGCACUACAUUGACACAGCUCAGAAUCCAGCAGACCAUGCCUCUAGAGGCCUUAGUGCAUCAGAGAUUAUGACAACCUGCUGGCUAUCUGGCCCAAAGUUUCUGUGGGAACAAGAGAUUUCCUACUCAGCUGCCCACUCAGCUGAACUAUUGGUAGGUGAUCCAGAAGUUAAAGCAGUCAAAACCUUUACAACUCAAACAAGCGAACAAGACACCGUCCUCAGACGCUUCGAAAGGUUCUCUAGCUGGUCAAUGCUCCUUAAAGUAGUGGCAAGAAUAAAAAGACUGAGACCAAACAUAACCCAAUAUGGCAGUGUUGUAACUGCGGAUGAACGCAAAGGAGCCGCUGACACAAUAAUAAAACUCCUCCAGCAGCAAUCCUUUUUUCAAGAGCUGAGAGUGUUGAAGGCAAAAGAUAGUCUCCCAAGUUCAAGCCCUCUCUUUCAACUGGAUCCCGUUGUAGAUCAGGGUCUUCUCCGGGUUGGAGGAAGACUAAAACAGUCAACACUCUGCCAAGGUUUGAAACACCCUAUUAUCCUCCCAAAAGACCAUCACAUUACAAACCUGAUCAUAUCUCACUUUCAUUCAAAGAUUUGUCAUCAAGGCCGAAGCCAGACGCUCAUGGAGAUCAGAGCAAAUGGGUUUUGGGUGAUUGGUGGGAGCAAAGAAGUUGCAAAGCUAAUAAGCAGAUGUGUUCAAUGUCGAAAGCUUCGACGGCCUCUUGAGGAACAACGCAUGUCGGAGCUACCGAAGGAACGAGUUGAGGUCUCAGAUCCUUUCACCUACAGUGGAAUGGAUUGUUUCGGUCCAUUCACCACCAAGCAAGGUCGCAAGGAGCAAAAGAGGUAUGGACUCCUCUUUACCUGCCUUUCCUCACGCGCAGUUCACAUUGAAAUGCUAGAGAAUCUGUCUACAGACUCUUUCAUUAACGGCCUAAGAUGCUUUAUCAGCUUAAGAGGAGCUGUCUGUAAGCUGUACUGCGACCAAGGUACAAAUUUCGUUGGGGCCAAAAAUGAGCUAAAAGAGGCUCUCAAGGAAUGUGAUAGAAAUACCUUGGAGGCUUUCCUUGCAGAUAAGCAGUGCGAAUUCAUAUUCAACGCCCCAUCUGCCAGCCACGCCGGAGGUGUGUGGGAACGACAGAUUCGAACCAUCCGCAGUGUUCUCAAUGCUACCAUUACUCAAUCACAAGGCAGGCUGGAUGACGCUUCUCUAAGAACACUGUUUUAUGAGGCAAUGUCUAUAAUCAAUGGCCGACCACUAAGCGUUGAUGGAAUCAAUGACCCUAAAUCACCUGAACCUCUAACUCCAAACCAUCUCAUAUUAAUGAAAUCAAAGGUUGCACUGCCCCCUCCUGGAAAGUUUGUGAAGGAGGACUUGUAUGCAAGAAAAAGAUGGCGCAGAGUGCAAUAUCUAACAGAACAGUUUUGGAGUAGGUGGAAAGUGGAGUACCUUCUGAACAUAUCUACAAGACAAAAAUGGCAUCUGCCUCGUCGCAACCUUGAGGUCAAUGACAUUGUCAUCGUAAAGGAAGACAUACUUCCCAGAAGUCAGUGGCAACUGGGUCGAGUUGUUGAAGCACCACAAGAGGACGACGGCUUGGUGCGCAGAGUCAAGCUUCAAGUUGGUGAUCGAAAUUCAAUAAAGAAGCAGGGUACAACACACAAACCUCACAUUAUUGAGAGACCUGUUCAAAAACUUGUAGUUCUUUUAGAAAGUCGCUAACUGACAUUCAUUAGUCUCACAUCAGACAUUAUAUUGCUGAAGGUUAAAGUGUGACAUUAACUGUAUUCUGUUUGUUGGCUACUUCUUUAAUGUCCAUUUGUCAUGCUUAAAAUCAUGUAUGAAUCGUUAACGUGUUCUCAUCAUACAUGAUUUGGUGGGAGUGUAAAUGCCCAUUCCAUUGUUUGUGCUGUUUGUGGGUUGCUACCCAUGGUGCCCACUGGGGGCGCUAUGGGUUGGUUCACUCUGAGUUGGUGCCUUCAUUUGAGGUGGAGAAUGAGAGGAAGUGUUGCUAGUCGGUCAGAGCUUUGGGCGGGAAUAUCCCACGGAUAGGAGGAGGAGGAUGUUCUUCAUCUUUGUGACUCUGGGUUAGCGCACUUUCUUCAGAGAAGGCUAGAGGCAGCACUGCACGGACUUUGCCGCCGUGGACUUUGCAGCCCUUGGACAGCGGAGCGAGUUUUCACGGUGUAUUUGGAGCACGGUGUAUUUCAGUGCUAUUCAGCAAACUUGGCUGUGAAAGAAGCAAAUACAAAGCUACUACACCCGUCGAA